UUUUCAGGCUGUGCUACUAAACUUGGGCUUUAGGCUAGACUCUUGACUUCUGCCACUAUGAGUUGUGGCAUUAAGUCUUCAUCUAGCUCUUCUAGAAUUAUUAGUGGUGGGGGUGGUGGUGGUGGUGGUGGAGGAGGAAGAAGAUGUGUUGGGUACUCCUCAGUCUCUUCUAGGAAAUAUACUUCCUCUGGAAGAAGCGGUGGUGGAGGAGGCUUCUCUGGUCGAAGCUACAGUGGUGGAGGUUCUAGGAGCAGUUAUGGAGGGGGAUUUAGCAGUGGCAGUUGUGGAAGGAUUAGCCGUUCCUGUUAUGGAGGGCGAAUAAGUGGGGGAAGCUUUGGACCAAGUGGUGGUGGUAUCUGUGGGGGAUAUGGUGGUGGUGCUGGAGGAUUUGGAGGUGGUGGUGCAGGAUUUGGCGGUGGUUAUGGAGGUGGCCUUGGUCCAUGCGGCUUUGGAGGCAGUGGUGGCUUUAGUGGUGGUAGUUUUGGCGGUGGUGGCUUUAGUGGUGGUAGUUUUGGCGGUGGUGGAUUUAGUGGCGGUAGUUUUGGCGGUGAUGAUACUGGCUUCCUUUCCAACAAUGAAAAGAUGACCAUGCAGAACCUUAACGAACGCCUGGCAUCUUACUUGGACAAGGUGCGACAUUUGGAGGAAGAAAACGCUAACCUUGAACGUCUAAUCAGGGAGUGGUAUCAGAACCACGGUCCUCAAUGUGGAAGAGACUACAGCCAGUAUUAUGGACCAAUUGAAGACCUUCAAAAUCAGAUUAUUUCUGCAACUGUGGAUCUUAACAAGGUCCUUCUGGACAUUGAUAACACUAGGAUGACUGCUGAUGACUUUAGAAUUAAGUAUGAAACUGAAUACAGUCUCCGCCAGAAUGUGGAGGGUGAUAUUAAUGGCUUACGCCCCAUAUUAGACCAGCUGACCUUAGCCAGGUCUGACCUGGAGGCACAAUAUGAGUCCCUGAAGGAGGAAUUGAUUUCUCUGAAAAAGAACCAUGAAGAGGAAAUGAGAGGACUGCAGUCACAGUCUGGUGGUGAUGUCAAUGUGGAGGUCAAUACUACCCCUGACAGUAAUCUGAUGCAAAAACUAAAUGAAAUGCGAUGUGAAUAUGAACAGAUCAUUGAAAACAACCGUAAAGAGGUGGAAAGAUGGUAUGAAACUAAGAUGGAAGAGGUUAAUCAGGAAGUCCACACCAGUGGUCAAGAGAUACAAUCAAGCAACCACCAGGUCUCGGAGCUGAGACGUGACUAUCAGACACUGGAAAUUGAGCUCCAGUCUCAGCUCAGCAUGGUGCAGUCCUUGCAAUCCAACUUGGAGGACACAGAACGCCGUUAUAACAUACAGCUGCAACAGAUCCAGAACACGAUUACCACUGUGGAAGAAGAACUGGCCAAUAUCCGAUGUGAAAUAGAGAGUCAGAACUAUGAAUACAAGAUGCUACUUGACAUCAAGUGCCACCUGGAACAGGAGAUAGCUCAAUACCGGGCAUUGCUUGAGGAAGGACAGCAAGACAUUGGGUACGUAAAUGACUGAGAGUUGGAUGACUUU